CCUGUUAUUCUAUUGGGUUACUUUAAUCACAGUUGAUAACUUACACUUACAGGAAACACUGGAUGUAAACAUGUGAAGGCAGCGUUAUAUGAUGAAACAAAUGUAAUUUCAGUGCGGUGGGAUUCAGUAUUUAAGUUGAAAUACUAAUUCGGGGAUUCUGCAACAAUAGUAAUUGUUCGAGAUGGCUGUUUUAUACGUUCGUCAUUUCUCAAAAACAUCUGAAGGCCUGUAGAAUAUUUCCAAGUUUUUACGCUUGUAAAUAAAACGCGCGAAGUUUGUCUUAAUAGAGUUUCCGUACUGUUUUUGUCACGUGCGCUUUAUUUCCGGAAAAGUGUUGACAGCGUAGGCAUGUAUGGCAUUGGCACAGGUUCAUAAGAGAUUUCUCUACUUGUUAAUGCUUUAUUAUUGUGAUCAAGCUCAUUUGAAAGCAGAAGGAACCGUUAACUAAAGUGUUUUUGGAAGGUGUACAUGCAUUUGGCAUUGUCAAACUUAGCUGUCGAUUACGGUAUAGUUCUUUGUGUACCCGGGUGAUAUGCGGUCCUUGAGUUACGUUCAGCGUGUUAGUUUGGAUUUCACUGGAACCCUUUUUCCUCAUGCAAUUUGUAUUGGAGAUGCAGACAAUGACUCGCUUAAUGAAAUUAUUGUGGGUGACACCAGUGGAAAGCUGCAUGUAUACAAGAACGAUGACUCCAAACCUUAUAUGACUAGAACCUGCAGAGGCAUGCUCACCUGCGUUGGUGUUGGAGAUGUCUGCAAUAAAGGAAGGAACUUUGUAGUUGCAGUGGGGGCAGAGGGGUGGUUUCACCUGUUUGACCUAUCCGCUGUCGCUGCAGUCAAGUCAGACUCAUCCAGCCAGCAGGAGGCACUGUUCUCUGACGACCAGAAGCCCUUUUUCACUCAGCACAUACCUGCGAACACCAAAGUCAUCCUCAUAAGUGACAUAGAUGGUGAUGGGCGCAGUGAGCUGGUGGUGGGUUAUACAGACCGUGUGGUGAAAGCGUUCCGGUGGGAGGAGCCCACUGACUCUUUAGACCCGAGCUCUGGACAGCUGGUCCUGCUGAAGAAGUGGCUUCUGGAGGGGCAGGUGGACAGCCUGUCAGUAAACCCAGGCCCUGAGGGACUUCCUGAGCUCAUGGUGUCUCAGCCUGGCUGUGGCUACGCCAUCUUACUGUGCACCUGGACACACCAGGGCUCCUUCGAGGCCGGACCCGGGGAGGAGGCCCCACCCACUCCUGGCAGCGAGGGACCGUCCAGAGAUGUCGUUCUGCAUCUCACCACCGGGCGGAUUCACAACAAGAACGUCUCCACCCAUCUCAUCGGGAGCAUCAGCCGAGGCUCCAGAGGAGAACCCUCUAAAUGUGGCCUGUUUGCCCUCUGCACUCUGGAUGGCACCCUCAAACUGAUGGACAGCUCUGAGCAAUUGAUGUGGUCAGUCCAGGUGGAUCAUCAGCUGUUCGCUCUGCAGAAGCUGGAUGUCACUGGCGACGGCAGAGAGGAGGUAGUGGCGUGUGCCUGGGAUGGUCAGACCUACAUAAUAGACCACAACCGCAUGGUGGUCCGCUUUCAGUUUGAUGAGAAUGUCAAUGCUUUCUGUGCAGGUCAGUAUGCCUGUAAGGACGGCAAGAACAGCCCCUGUCUGGUGUAUGUUAGCUUCAACCACAAGAUCUUUGUGUACUGGAGGGUGGAACUGGAGCGCAUGGAGCCCACUCACCUCCUCCGGGUCCUGGAAGAGCGGCCGGAGUUCAAGGCCCGGCUGGAGCAACUGGGAGUGGAUGCUGAGGACACCAAGGCCACGAGAGAGCUGGUUGGGGAUAUACUGUAUGGACGCGCGCAAAGGAAAAGCAGCAGAUAAACGGAUCGGUCCCCCAAUGUCUCCUGAUGUCAGUGCUCUAGGUUUUCUCCUGAAUGUAAAUACUCUGUGAAUAAAAUGUUGAAUCACAUA